UAGUGAAAGUGAAAGAACAUACUUGGAGUCAAACUCUAAACCUAGAGGUCCCACAACAUGUACCUGGCGCAGAUCUAGCCGAACCCUAGCGCAGGGAGCAGAUCUGUACCAACCCUAAUCCUAGGGUUCCUCACACUUGCGGGCCGAGUAAUUUCUCGUCUUGUUUCGGCUAGGGAGCGGGGUGGCUUCUCCGGCCAAGGUAAGCUUUCCCUGUAAGCAAGCUCUCCUCAGGUCCCCGGAUCCCAUCUGUCCCCGUUGCUGCGCCCUAUGCUAUCCUGACGCCGUUCUAGGUCAGGUCUUGCUCAUGUUUUGAGAACUGGACGAACUGCAGACUGUUGUAACUUGCCAAGCGUCGAAUUAGUGGUGCGUUGGCAUGGGGGGGAUUUCUAGUUCUCGCCCAGGCACUUGUGGCUCUCGCUUUACACGCCCGUUUUCAGUUCAUGUUUAGCUUGGAAAUGGAACCACAGAUGUGUUGUUCUCAGGGAGAGGGGCGACAAGUUUUGCGGAGAAAAUGUGAUUUCGGUGCUUGUGAUUUUCCCAUGUUGUGUAGGAAUGUCAGGUCUGGGUUCUGUCUAGUGUCUAGACCUGAUAGGUUCUCAACUGAAUAAGUGCAUGCUGUCUUGAGCUCAUCUAUGGCAUAAUGGGCAUGUUCAGCUGCAGCCUGCAGCGGCUUCUUCUCUCCAGAGUAUAUAUAUCUAGACAAACUUAGAUGAUGCCACCACACUGCACACCUCAUCUGGUUCAUAGCUUUAUUUUAGCAGUGUUAUGUGCUUUCUUCAGUUGCUGCGGCAUCUUCUAGAGAGAGUGGAUUUUUCAUACAUCCAUUUGCACCUACAGGUUCCUCCUGUUUUGGAAUACUCUGAUUUCUUAAUUCAUUGUUUAAUCUUCACUCCUCAGAACUGCACAUUUACACUACCUACUACUACUAACCCACUAAAGUUGUCAAUUCCUCAGGGCUACUUUAUGUGUAAACAGGCAUAUAGUUGCAGUCACUGCAAUUGAUACUUCCAUUUUUGAAACUUCGAUGGAAAUUUUGGAGAUGUUUAUAUUCACACAAAGUUAUGUUAUAUUUACCAUCAAUGCUAAGUGGUUACAAAUUUUACUGUCAGCUAGUACCGACUGAAAAAGUAACAGGCAGAGGUUCAUGUAAUCAUGUUGGGGACUGUUGAUGCCCAAAAUGACACGCGAAAGGUAAGGCUUUCACAGUUUUGUGUUUGUUGAAUGUGUUUGCAAUGGAGAUUGAAGAACACACAGAUUCACUUUCAAUAGAGGAACCCAUCACAAGGCUCCCACCAGAUAUUAUUGAGGGGAUACUUCUCAGGCUUCCGGUAAACUCUCUAAUGAGGCUGCGUCAAGUCUGCAAGCAAUGGUGGAACAUGGUCAGCGUGCCCCGCUUUAUCAAAGAACAUGCCUAUCAUGCACCCAAGCACCUCCUCCUUUACUUGCCUAAGUUGAAUAUAUCUGCAUCGCUCCAUCCAAAGACUGCCAAACCAUGUCUUGCAACAAUCAUUAAUGAAAAGUGGUCUCCAUUGACAUGGGCCUCAUCGCAUAUGGACCCUGAUGAUCACCUCUUUGCAUCAUGCAACGGUUUGCUUUGCUUCUACAAGACAUACACACUAAAGAUAUCUAACCCUGCAACAGGUCAAUGCCUGCAUCUCUUGAAACCUGACGGCAUAUUGUUGUACGACUUCCACUAUCUAUACAGCUUUGGAUUUCACCCGAUUACUGGAGAAUACAAGCUCGUGCACUUUCUCCGUGAGCCUCAGCGCUACAAAUCAGGACAGCCUUUCCAUUUCGACACCAUUCAAGUGUACACCCUUGGUGAAGACAAAUGGAGAGCUAUCAGAGCUCCUAUACCAUGCUGCAUGGUGCAUCUUGGAGUAGUAAAUGUGGAUGGAGUGAUGUAUUGGCUAACAGAAGAUAAAGGAACAAGCUGUGGCAUGGCAGUUGUAUCGUUUGAUCUCAGGGAAGAAAUGUUUGCCUUGAUUCAUCUUCCAGCAUUGGAGGUGAAAGAGACAGCCUCUUGUGCCACCAUCAAAGUUGCUUACUAUAUGACUGAGAUAGAUGACAAAGUGUGCGUAGUGACUAUGCCAUACCAAAGCCAUGCACCAAGGUGGCGCCGAAACAACGCAGAGCUUUCAGGCAGGACUGACAUUUGGGCUCUUGAAAGUGACAAGUGGUUCCUGAAAUAUAGCAUCCAGUCACCAUCUCUAUCUCGGUAUGUUCCUCAGCCAUGCUUCAUCCACAGGGAGAAGAUCAUACUGCAGGACAGUGAAAGUAAUGUGUGGUACCAUGAUUUGCGAGGCAAGAACGUGCAGAUUGAGCAUGCAGAUGGGGCGAAGCUUUUGCACCUUGGUGACAACAGAUUCUAUGAGACACAGUCCUAUUUCUACAAGGAGACACUUGCUCCCUUGAGCAUUUAUGCCAGAGCAGCCAUUGUUCGUGCACCGCCUGAGCCUCUUGCUCGUUCAGUUGCUUUACAUUAGUUUCUGAGAGGCUCUUGCACUCUGAAGGUUUGGCAGCAAGUACUGACGAAUAUUUUAAUAUGGAGAGUGGGUAAUGGGGACGGCACACGUAUGGAAUGAUCCCUGGUUUUGGAGAGAGUGGACUAGCCAUCCAUGCCAAGGGGUGUAAAUCCUAUGAACCAAGUGAAUCAUUGAGAUGAUUGACACAUGCAUAGGCAAUUGGAACGAGGCACUAAAGAUGUGAAUGAAUCUUAGUAAGCCCAGUUCAUAUGGAGAUGGAUGAUGUCUCAGUCUUGCACUAUGGAGUCUUUUCAUGAUCAAAUCAGCCUAUAUUUAGUCCGGGAGGAGUUGGCCACUAUGGAAAGCAUAGGAAUAGAUGUGUAUUCGACAGUGAGCAACUAGAGGUCCAUGAAGUUCCCCAGGAGGUUGUAGACAAGGGUAGUGUUUGGGUGAGGGCUGAUACUGUAGCUUUGGGGCAGCUAACACAUCAGUAGACAGUAGUCUCAGGACUCAGGAGGUUAGGCUGCUCAAUCUUCACAAUGGGUGCGAAUGUAACAAAAAAACUAAUCUGAGCCAUGUAUCUGGAUCGUUCUAUCUUUUAAUAUAGUGUUUUUAAAUAUAGUGAUGUGCA